UUGGCUAAAAUUUAAUAACCACAGUUGUGGUUCAAUUACGGGAUAUACCCUUAAGCCCGUAUUCAGAACUCGCUUUUAGUGCUGAUAGGGCGCUUUUAAAAUUUUUUGUAGUGACUUUUAACUACAAGCGACACUAUGAUUUUAAAAGCGAGUUCUCAAUACGGGCUUUAUUCUAAACGCAUCUUUACCAUUAUAUCCUAACCUAAGCUCCAUCAACAUCUCUGCUAUCAGCUGUAAAGUCUAACAUCUUCCUUUUUUAUGUUCUAUGUCCAUCCGUUAUUUUAAAGCUUCCACUAUUGUAUGUACGCACGUUCACGUGUUUUCAUCCAGUCUGAAACAGGGGGGCGACACUCCAAAUUGACUAUAGCAGGGGGGUGACACUCCAAAUGGGCUAUAGUGACACAUAGAUUAGUGAUAUAAUCUACCGAUAAGAUGGCGCAGCGGUAGCGUGCGCAAGCGCAACAAUGCUCAGUCCCCAUCUUGAAGAAAAUAAGCUUGAUAACGGUUUGAUGUCUAAACAAGUCCCUGUGCGUCACUGUCUUCCGAUUCGCCAUAAGGAAAAGAAGGAAGGGUCUUCCGAUUCGGCGACGGCUUUGCAUCUACGAAUUUACGCUCGUGAAUUUUGAAGUGUGUUUAGUGCAAUUACAGUGCAGAGUUUUCACUUUGAGCGUGAUUGUGUUCAGCAUACAGACUAUUUACUUGGUGGAACUUUUGUGGACGACGAUUUACAAGAAUUACAACAACGAGACGAAGGCUACGCCACUCAUCUUUCCAGGCUAACCUUAUUUCAUACUUUCUUACUUUUCUAUUCUUAUUUGUCUAUUCUGUUUCAUUUUCUCUUAUUGUUCUUCUACUUUUAUAUCCUAGAGCUUCAUAAUGCCUCCUUCGAAGAAAGACUUAUCCUCUUCAAGAUGUGUUGUUCCUGGUUGUGCAUCGGUGUGCCUACAAGUGGGAUCACAUUGCUACCCAAAAAACUUGGAGCUAUCGAAGGCCUGGGUAGAAGCAAUGUGCAACCCCAUGCUGAGGCAUAUCGAUUCAUAGCUUUUAAAUAAAAAUUAUCAUUUGUGUAAACUACAUUUUUCCUUGAAAGUCUAUAUACCUCAUACUGCGAAAGUAAUACUAAGAAAAAAUGUAGUAUCAUCAUUGCAUCUGCUAAUGAUUUUAAUGUAAAUGUUACUACAAGUGCGACUGUAGUAACAGAUCUUAUUUUUAUUCAAUAAAUAACUUUUUAUACCAUACAUAAUUAUGCAUUUAUUUUAUUUCAGGUACUUGCAAUUAUGGUAAAAUGAGACUAAUUGUUUGACCAUAUUAAUUGUGCAUAUUUUCUUUUGCACCACAUAUUGACGUUUUAGGAUGUUUUACGAGGGUCAUACUUGUUUUUCAUAAUUGCAGAUGCUUUUAAAAAUACCUUAUAAAACUUUCAGGGCGAUGCGUAUAAAACGGUGAGUAUAAAUACACGUGUAUAUCUAUAUAUACACGUGUAUACCUAUAUAUAUCCCUGUAUACCUAUAUAUAUAUGGCGUUAGUAAUAUAACCUACUGAUAAGGUGGCGCUGCUGCUCGUGCUAACAGUCUAAAGCACGGGAGUACCGUGUCUCAAGUAAGUGGUCUGGGGGCUAUAGUAAAGCAUAGAGAACUUAUACGACCUACCGAUAAGAUGGCGCUGCUGCUCGUGCUAACAGUCUAAAGCGCGGGAGUGCCUCCAAUAAGUGGUCUGUGGUCUGAAAAAGGAUAAUGUCCAAUAUACCCAAGCAUCGUACGACUGACAUAAAAUUAUUAGAAAACUCAAACCAAACGAAGACAAAAUGUCUUCAUCAAGUUGUGAUUCCGAGGAGGAAAUAUGCUGGUGGAAAACAAAGAAUCUCAUUAAGGAACGACUAAUUGAUGAUUCUUUAAUACAUAUGUUGAAACGAGCCCGAAAAUUACAAAAGGAAACAAAGGAGAUAAAUGUUUCAUUACGUAAUUAUGUUAAAACGAAACUACGUGAACGGAGACAAAGUCUAAAUAGUAGCAACAAACACGAAAAGACUUUGGUUCAUGACACUUGGAUAGUAACGGAUUCUGAAUCAAGUGGUGUUGACGACGUUGUUAUGACGAAUUCUAAACCUUCAACUUCUGCUAGAUCAUGUAAUAAUCAUUCAGCUACUUCAAAGUAUUCUUCAAAUAAAGUUAAUGUAAAAUCUAAAGCUGCAAUCUUAAAAAAUGUACGAACUCGCUCAAAGGAAGCUGAAAAAAUUAAGAAGCAGGAUACACUACCAAAAAUAGUAAAUGAUACUUAUAAUGCUAACAGAACUACAAAUACUAACAGAGUUUUAAGAUCAUCGAGAAAUAGAUUGCCAGUAUCAUCUUUGAAUUCUGCAAAUCGACAAAAUACAAAUUUAUCCCAUGAACUAAAUAAUCUUUCUGAUAGAUCAAGUCUUACUCUUCCAAUUAAUAAACUCAAUGGAGUAUUAAAUGGAGAGAACAAUAAGAAUAAUUUAACAAAUUCUAAGGAAGAAUUAAAGAACACAGUGAACUCUGUUAACCUUAAUAUUAGUUCUGAAGAAAUGUUGGAUCCCAUAAGGAGGUUACCAAAGGGUCCAGCUACCAUUAAGAAAAAUCUCUUCAGUGCUGUUAAAAAUGAAAGUGAUGAUUCUCAAGAUAUUUCUAGUUCUAUAAAAAGACUCCCUGCUAACGUUUCUUUCGAAUGUGAAAGUUUUCAUCAAGAUAAAAGUAUAAUAAAGGUUUCUGAUCUACGACAUGAGAAAUCAAAUAUUAAUAUAUUGGAUAAGAACAACCUGCCAGAAGAAUUAAACAGCAAUGUCAAACUACAAGACAAAAAUGCUGAAAAUUCUAAAGCAGAAUGUUCAAAUGAUAUACAAAAUUCAGUUUUGGUUUCUGAAAAUGCUGCGAUACAAAAUUCUUUUGAAGAAAUGAGGUCUCCGACACAUUCUCUGUCAUUUUCACAAUGCGAAUCAAUAUCAGGCGAUGAUAGCGUACGAAAAAGGUUUGUGCCUAAAGUUAAAAGUAAUGAAAUUCUCAAAACCAGAUACAAGAUUGUUAAGUUACGUAAGGAAAGCAAAAAUGUUUCUUAUGUGCGUCCAUUAAUGAUCAGUUCUCCCAAUAUAAAGUCGUUAUAUUGUCAAGAUAAUACUGUGGAUGAAAUUUCGAAAGUAACUGAUGAACAACCUGAAGAUGGUCCAAAAUCUAAUAUGAAAAUUCAAGAUAAUCACAAUGUGUGUGGAGGGCUUGAUAAGAGUUAUCUUGAAGAGAAAAAUAAUUCCUAUACUGCUAUAAGCAUAAAUCACCCUAAAAAAAACUACGAUUCUUCUCAAGAGAAUUUGGAAUGUUUGAAUGGCAAAGAAAAAGAUUUACCAAUAGCAAGACGUACGUUAAAUUUUAACACAAGUAGCGAGUUCCAAGAAACAGCUAAUUCAAAAAAGAUGUUGCGCAAAGAAGUCUGUCAUAUUGAAUACGAGAUAGGCAGAACUGAUCAAAGAAAUUCAUUAAAUUUGGACAAAAGGAAUGAAGCACUCAGGACCAAAGUAACAUCCGACCUAGAAAUCAACGAUGAUUUGAAUCUGUCACCAACUCAUCCGUCCAACAGUAAUAGGAUACUAUCAAACUCUGUCACAGAGAUUGAAUCCUUAAGAUGCAUCAUGAAGAAAUUAAAUACCCAGAAGGAAAACUACGACGUAGACGUUAUGAAGGAAUACGAAGAUCAAUUUUUGAAGAAACGUGAACAACAGUCCAUAUCAGAAAGUAUUAAUACCGUUCAUAACCGAAGACCAGUAAAGAUACAAGAUUUAGUUGCACAAAGUAAUUUCACCCAAGAAUCUUCUGUUACGAGUUUGACAAUGAAUGAUAUAUCCUUGGAUGAUGAGAUAUUUAUUUUUGAAAUACCAAAAACGGUGGACGUGCAUAAUUUUCGUAACAAAAAGUUCAUGUUUCAAGGAGAUAAUGAGAUUGUAAUCGGUGGAGAGAAAUUCGAAGUUUAUGAAAGAGAAAACCGAUCCAUGUCCAUGGUUUUGAAUAAAGGAGAGCUGGAGAGGUCAUAUGGAGCAGUAAACCUGAAGGCAGUGCGAUCAGUUUACAUGCGACCAAAAUUGUUGAACGCAGAGAUCGAGGCGUGCAAAAUAGACAAAGAAGAAGAGAUACCCAAACCGUCGACAGUUCCCUUUCCAAAAAAUCUACGAUCUCGUCAUCCGCUUUUAGGGUGCGACGUUGUUGCCAACAAAAUUAGUGUUUCCGAAGAAAAUGAUGAGAUAGAUGUUACGUCGAAGAGGAUACUUAAAUGGCUGACAUCGCAAAAGCAUCACGAUAAUGAAGAUCCUGUGACUAAUGGACGGCGCACUGAGGAAGAAAUGAAGCCGAAGAAACAAAUUACAGAUCAAGAUUAUGAAGACGUCACAAUGCGAGUUGAAGAAUGUGAUGAUGAUUUGGAACCACCAAGCAAGAAGUCACGAUUAAAAUCAACGAAUGAUAAACACAAAUUGGAAAAUGGUAAGAUGCAAUAUAAUUUUACGGAGGAUGAAGUGGUAAAGGAAGAAACGUCUAAUAAAAGUUCUCCACGAAAGAAGGAAAACAUUGGUUUAAGCGACGCGUUUAAUGAUUCUUUCACGACGAAUAAUGAUAUGUUGAGUAGAGAUAUUAAAUUGAACAAGAUGAUGUUGAAAAAGAAGAAGCACGAAACAGUUGAUAAACCUAAAUGGGACAAUGAACCUGAUUCAAAAACGUUAAAACGUAAGUCAUCAAUAAGCUGCACUGAAUCAGACAGCGAUAUUCAGAAAAAGAAGUUUAAAACCUCUUUAGAUUUUUCGAGAGAUAAUAUUAUUCUGACACAAGGUAAAACUAAGUCCGUGAAGAGUCCGAAAGUGGAAUUAGAUAAUAAAAUAGAAAUACACGGAAAGCAAUUACAGAUGGACACAGAAGUAAUGAAAGAUGAGGCCAGUGAUAGAUUUGGAUUAGAAGCAUCGAAAGAGAACAGCAAGAGGAAAAUGAAAAAAUAUAAAAAACGUAAGGAGAAAAGUAUCAAAGACUUUAACGUGUCCACAGGAACUGAAGAAUGUGUCUCUUCGCCUGAAAGGGUAAAUCAAGACGUUCUAUCCAGUACAUUGAAAGCGCGUAAAGAGCAACAGAGAAGGUCAGGGAAUUCACCUAAAGAAAAACUUAGUUUCGUCAAAAAAAUUAAACGCAAAAUUCAACUAAGCAAAAAUGCUUCCAGCAAAAGUGGGAUUGAGAAAUUAAAUGUUACUAUUGAAAGUUCUCAGGAAGAGGAUGAGUCAUGUGGAAGUAAAAGUUCGAAGAACAAGAAGAAUAAACAUGUAUGUCUGAAAGAUGUACUGCAGCGUUCUUACCCCCUGAAAGUAAUACCUACAUUAUCCCCUGAAAAAAGAUUCCACUCACUCAGCCAAUUUGAGUCAGAAUUUGAAAAUAACUCAAGCAUUUGUAAACAAAAAAAUACAAGUUGAACUUGACUGACGUGGAUGAUUCUGAAAAGGAGGAUAAGUUAAUGAAUUUUGAAAAUUAUAUGGACACCCAUAAAACGUCACUUCUGAAUAAAUAUAAAGACCAAACGCUAUAAAACUAUUGGGAAAGUCAUUUUUCAAAAAGAAAAAGGAAAAGAUGAGGAAGGUGUAUACUGAUAAUAUAAAUAAUUUUAAAAAGUUUAAAAGAAAACUGUCUAAGGGGUAAGUAAUAGUAAUUAUGUGUGAUUAAGACAAAAAGCGUUUAUUCCAAUUUUAUUUCAAAAGUAUAGGAAUAUUUUAAAACUAAUAUUGAAAAAACUGUUAAACAAAGGUGCUGGAAAUAUUUUAAAUAUAUGCAUGCAACCAUGUAUAAAUAAUAAGUACAGUGUAAGGAAUAAACGUUUUAACUGAAGUAAUAAAGAAGAUAAUGUAAACUGAAAACCCCAGUUGACAAACAUUAAAAGGCAGUUAACCAAAGAUAUUGAAGCCUGAUUACAUAAUUCGUAUGGAAUACUAAUAAUUGAAAGUGCAGUGAUUUUCUUUACUUUGUUUCUUAUUUUGUUUUUGAAAAUUUAAUAAUAUAAUCGUGUGAAUGAGUAGUUUAAUAUAUCUCGAGAAAUAAUAUUGUAUGUGUAGUAAGAGGACUAACGAAAGUUGUUUUUAUGAAUAAGUAAAGUAUUUUGUGCUUCAUUUCGCAGUCUCAAGUACGUCUAUAUUAAUUGAAGAGGUUCACUCUAAUCUUUCUUAUUAGCCUAAGUGAAAUAUUAACUGAAUGUUUGAACAUGGUUUUCAUGAUAUAUUUCAGACAAAUGUAUAAUAUUAUCUAGCACAUAAAGUUUCUAGCGUUACGUGCUCCAGUAGUAUACGAACGUUUGAUAAAUAUUUUCAAUUAUGGAUGAUGAAACUUAACUUUAAGAUAUAGAUAAAUAUAAGUUUACAAAUUUCUGUUCUUUGUUUUUUUUUUUAUAGAAAUUCUCUUUCUUUCAACUUUGCAUAUUAUUUAUGUAUGUCUGGUCAAGUAAGACUCGUCAUGUCAAACUACUAAUUAUUUUCAUUAGAAACAUAUAUUUGAUAUUAUAUCUGAAUAUGAAAGUCACAUAAUUGUAUUUUUAUAUCUUGAACAGAAUAAUCCAUAUUGGAUUUCAAAAAUAAAUAUUUUUCUUUAAAGCACCAAUCUCUCAUGGUACAAAUUAAAUAUUAAGACUAUAUCGUAAGCGUAAAUGUUAAACAGUCUAUAUUUUAAACUGUAAUGAAUGCUUCAUCAUACAGAUAAUAAGUUUUGUUAUUUAACACGUAUAAUGCAUUAUCAAUCAUCCAUUUCUAUUGUCGUUACGAAAAUAAUAAAAUGUAAGAGUUAUAAA